CCUGGGUGUUGCCUGUUGUCUGUGCUGACCCCUGAGCCCACAAAGAAGUGGGAAGGUGUAAAGUGUCUCUUGGAUGUGUCCUUAGGCAUCUAUCGAGCAGUACCUAUUCGGGUCAAUCCAAGAGUAAGCAAUGUGAAGUCUGUCUACAAAACCCACAUUGAUGUUAUUCACUAUCGGAAGACGGAUGCAAAACGUCUGCAUGGCAUGGAUGAAGAAGCAGAACAGAAACUUUUUCCAGAGAAACGGGUGAAAUUGCUUAAGGAACUUUCCAGGAAACCAGACAUUUAUGAGAGACUUGCUUCAGCCUUAGCUCCCAGCAUUUAUGAACAUGAAGACAUAAAGAAGGGAAUCUUGCUUCAGCUUUUUGGUGGAACAAGAAAGGAUUUCAGUCACACAGGAAGAGGCAAAUUUCGUGCUGAGAUCAACAUCCUUCUAUGUGGCGACCCUGGCACCAGCAAGUCCCAGCUGCUGCAGUAUGUGUACAACCUGGUCCCCAGAGGGCAGUAUACAUCUGGAAAGGGCUCCAGUGCAGUUGGCCUCACAGCCUACGUGAUGAAAGACCCAGAGAAGCAGCUGGUCCUACAGACAGGUGCCCUUGUCCUGAGUGACAGCGGCAUCUGCUGUAUCGAUGAGUUUGACAAGAUGAAUGAAAGUACGAGGUCAGUGCUGCAUGAAGUCAUGGAGCAGCAGACUCUGUCCAUUGCAAAGGUGAGUCGUGUCGUGAUCUCCACUGUGGCUGCAGACAUGAUUAGAUAGCCUCUGCAGAACUGU